AACAAUUGAUAGUCUCGGCUCAAUACCCUAUUGAAAUUUGAAAGAUGGUCUUGGUACUACCACAUGACAAUGCAAAGGUAGAACGGCUGUUCAGCAUUGAAAGGAAGAAUAAGACUGGCAGCUACUCUAACCUGGGUCGCUCUCUUGUUCUCUGGCAAUGCAAUCACAUCACCCUUAGUCAAAAAUUCCUUCUCCUUGCCAUAGGUGGGUACCUGAAGAGGAUAUUUUUUGAAGCAGCCAAAACAGCAGCUAUUGGACAUCUGGAGAAAAGACUGAUUAUUUUUUUGACGAGCUACAUUAACAUGCAUACCUUGCUUAAUUUUUCCUAUGUUUGAUCUCUCCCUAUUUUUUUCUCAAAAAAUCUUGGUAACCCCCUAUUUCAUCUAUGUUCAGAUUGGCUGGUCUGGAUUACGGUUCAUACUUAAUAAAAUCUUUUCCAUUUAGGAAAGGGUUGGUUUCUUUGUGGAAGUGCCAACUAUCUUAGAAGAGCGAUAUUGAUGUUGUCUGGUCCUAGCCCUGUUUGCCUGAAAGUCGCUCGUUAACUGGCGGUAAUCCAUAUCUCUUUUGCACUAAUACGUGGUGUACCCAAGGGGGGAAUAGGGGGGUCCGGACCCCCACUUUUUUGCAAAAAGGGCGUUUACCCCGCAUUUGUUUGAAGGGCGGGGUCCAAAAAAGUUUCUGGGGCCUGCGCCAUAGACCACCCUACUGCUGCAGCCCUGGGUACGCACUGGCAAUGACAACAAAAUACAUUGAGGUUUGAAGUAAAUACACAGCUAAGUAAAGCGAUUAUUAACAGCAAAACCUAGAGUAGAAACAUUAUUGGUUCACUGGUCCGACUUAUACACAAAGGUCUUUACGAGACUAGUGUCAUGACAACAAACAGGAAAGCACAACAUGGCCGCCAAUCAAUAUGUGUAACAUCAACAUUACAAUCAAAAGCUUAUAAUCUAGGCUAAUUUGAUGUGAAUAUAACUGAAAAUAUGCCAGAGCAUCCAGGCAAGAAAAAGACUACUAUCCACAAUUCAGUUAGCAGCACCAAAGCAUCAGUUCAUAUAGAGGAUCAUGGUAAGAAGGAUCAGGAGGAGUCUAGGCCCCUCGAUGAAACAGAGUCAGAGAAUGGAAAUUUAAAUCAGGAUGAUGACAAUUCAAUUAAAGAAGAAGAGCAGGAAAGCCCCGUUCCACCAUAUGAUGCUAUGCGUGUAGAGCCAGUACUGACAAAGCUGAUUGUCGAAAACUAUGAAGGUGGUGUUGAUGAAAAUGGUUUCUUUGAGGGUGAAGGAACUGUCAAUUUUGUUGGAGGGCAUGUCUACAAAGGGCUCUUAAAGAACCGUAAAAUGAACGGGCAUGGCGUUUACUUUUGGGCUGAUGGAACUACAUACUCUGGGGAUUUUUUAGACAAUUCAAUUUGUGGCAAAGGUGUCUAUUCUUGGCCAGAUGGUAGUAUGUAUGAAGGUGAUGUAAAGGAUGGUUUUAGACAUGGAACUGGAACAUACCGCUGUGGAACAUGCCCAUCAAUGUACAUUGGGGAAUGGGAACAUGGGUUACGACAAGGAAAAGGUGUACUUUAUUUUGAUGGGAAGUUUGAGUCUUACUUUGAUGGAGAAUGGGACAGGGGAAAUAGAUCUGGCUUUGGUGUGCACAAAUAUAAAUCAGGCAAUAUCUAUGAAGGCCAGUGGCUCAAUAACAUGAGACAUGGAAAGGGAAAGAUGCAUUGGUUUGACAGAGGAGAAGAGUAUGAUGGAGAAUGGGUGAAUGGAGUCCAGAAUGGCACAGGAAAAUAUAUAUGGUAUUCAAAGAGAGUUACUGCCUCACAGUACCCAAUCAGAAAUGAAUACAGAGGUGAUUUUGUUAAUGGCCAACGUGAUGGUUUUGGUGCUUUCUACUAUGCCAGUGGGGCAAAAUACUCUGGUCAAUGGGUCAAAAAUGUUAAGUCUGGCAAUGGUGAAUUCAUGUUUAAGAAUGGUUCUGUUUUCAAAGGCACGUUCGAGAAUGACCACAUUGUCGAUUAUCCAGACCUAAUGCCUUCGCGCAUGACAACACCAGACAUUGUUGAAUCCGGGCUACCAGUCCGUUCACAAACUCCAAUGCGUCCUCAAUCUGGUCCGUGUGGUAUUGGCUCAGUCGAUGCAGUACUGGACAUCAACUUGAAGGAGAUUUUUGUGAGCGAGAGGUUUGACAUUGAUCGUCAGCAGAUCGAGGUAGAAGAAGUUGCACGCGUCAUCCUAAGACACAUGACACCAAUAAAACACAUUUACAAAUUUUACAGUACUCUCGGGAUACAAGAGAGCAACGAUAAUACGUUUGUUAUGAAUAGGAUGAAAUUUUGGAGGUUACUCAAAGACUGUGCAUUGCAUACAGUUGGGUACACUCUUGCAGAGAUUGACCUUGUAGAUGGGAUUAGCGUAACCCUGAAUGACCCUCAUGACAGGCACACAGCUAUUUUUAUGAGGGAUUUUGUUAAUGCCUUGAUCAACGUUGCAUUUUUACUUUUUAAGAAUGAUUUUCUUGAUGAAGAUAAUGCAGUUGCCAGAUGUGUGAUGAAAAUGCUGACACAAUUUGUCCUCCCAAACGCUUGCAUAAUGAAAGGUCACAUCUUUAGCACUUAUGAGAAAAUGAAAGAAGCGGAUAAAUACAUUGAAAAGUGUGAUGAGGUAUUUCAUUAUUUCAGACCAGCUGCGAAUAAGCAAAAUGCAGAACGUUCGUUACGAAUUCGAGAAUUUCUAUGGAUGCUCAAAGAUUUCAAGCUUCUAAACUCAAAUUUAAAUGUCAGUAAGUUUUUGGAUCUUGUAUAUAGUGAAGAUCAGCAAGCGCUUGAAGAGAGAUCCUUUAAUUUGGAUGAUGAGAUUGUGUUCCUCGAAUUCUUCGAGACCCUUCUUCAGUGCGGUCAGAUAUUUAAUAUUGGAUCUGAGGUGGAAGAGAAGCGAGAGUUAUCUGGAAGAACACAAAACCUUAGCUCCACUGUAACAGAUAUGAAGUCGCCUGUUUCCAUCAAAGAUGAAGAUGAAUCAACAAUAAUAGAGAAAGCAUCUGAAAGACUGAAAACGCCUUCAAACACGCAAUCUCCAGAUAAAAGUAACGCAUUUACCUCUGACGCCGUGUCCGUACCAGAUCAAUCGAAAUCUGAGCCGGAGCAGUCACCAACGGUGAAAACACAAGAAUCGAGUAACCACGGAAAGACAAGUGCUGUUGGUGGAAGCAGGCGGGAACAACAUGCUGGAAAGGAUAGUGUGGGCACCAGUGCCUCUAGGGGUAGAAGAAGGGGCACUGCAGAUCAUAUAGAGGUCGAGAACAAGUUUGGAAGUGCUUCUAAGCACAAAGAGAAAGGUGGCAAAGAGAAAGAUAAAUUAAAAAAUGGAUCAAAAUCUGCCAAAAAGGUCGUGAUUGAAGAUGACAAAGGCAAAUCGUCGCCAAAUGUUAUAUUGCAAAGCCAGAUGGAGUUAGAAAGUGAAAACCAAUCACUAUUACAACUGGGACCAUCCACAGUUGACACUGGAUCAUCAACUUUGCAAAUCAGUGGAAAACAUAAGGAAAAUAAGGAUCCAAAACAAAGCAUCAACCAAGUUCUACCAUCUGGAACUGAAGAUAGUCCUCAGGCAUUGGAGGAAGGUCUAGAUCAAUUUCAAGACCAAUCUCUCCUGAUACAUACAACUGAUAAUGACAAGUUCUCUUUGGAUGUAACAGCAAUUGAAAACCAGAACGAAGAAGCUAAUCAAACAUGGGUCAAAAAUCUACAUAUCUUUUUUGAAGAUUGGUUUUUCCCAGCAUUUGAAAAUCGAAAAAGGGUAGACCAAACGCUUGCAAAAGAGAAACUUUAACACAAAUAAAGCCUAAACAAAAUUUCCUCUUGAUAUCUUAAGGAACAAUUGGCAUCAAAGUUUGCCUUUGUUAACUUGAAUUUCUUUAUUAACCCACUGUUGUAAAUUGCUCUUCAAAUACUUUUUCCUCAGGUAUUUCACAGAUUGUUUAAUGUAUCUAUCUAUGUUUUUGAUUCUAUCACAUCUUGGCUCACUGUUUAGCACAAUUUAAUAAACGUGCUUAGUAUGUAGUAUAAGGCCCUUGUAACUAGCUGUCAACUUUAGCCUGCAUAUCAGUACAGCAAGAAGAAAAGCAUAAUCAGAGGGGUGACAUUGUUUGUGAACUGUUGGAUUUAAAGGCAAUCUGUCACGACGUUGAUUGAUAAUAAGAACAAAGGGAUUUUUUAUUGUUUCCUGUCCCCCUUUAAUUUAUCGCAUUGUAAAAUAUAUGGCGGAGUACUGGAAUCGUGUUUAGGCUAUUGUUCCAGCUAUUGUUCUUGUUAACCAAUCCACAACGAGACAGAUUGCCUUUAAGUGGAUUGUUUAUUAGAAACAUAGAAUUUUUAUAAUUUCAUUUAUAGCCCUGUUAGAAACAAUGGUAGUACAGUGAGUGCUGGAUGAAAUGCUGGAUUUUGAAACAGUAAUUUGGGUUAUCCAACAUUUCAGAUUAGCUAAAAUUUUUGGUGUUCAAUAAAAGAAACUGAUUUUCUCAGUGUUACUGAAGGAUCCUACAAACUAAAGGAACUAUAAUCUUGGCCAAAAAUGCUGCGACACUUGCAAAAAAAGAAGCUACUUACAAAUCACCCACCCCCCUUCCCCUCAAAUCAAUGUUGGGAUUGGAUUGGUAACCAAUGUAGCAAUCCUCACUUAUUCCGUAACCAUCUUAACCAACAUUGUCCCUGAGGGGAAGGGGGUUUAGGUCACCAGCGCAUAUAAUAUGAAGAUAUAGCAUGCAAAUUCCUUUUUUUGUUCAAAAGUCUCAGCUAUUUUUGGUCAGGAGUGUAGAAGAAACUGAUUUUGACGGAUGUUACCUAAAAGACUAAAGCAUCAAUGAAGCAAAAAUAAAAACUAGAACUUUGGAUGAAUUGCAAGCAAGAUAUUGCAUUAAUUUAACACCUCUGUAUUUGUGCGCCAAAAAUUUGUAAAAAAUUGCUGGAUGAAUGUUUGGUGCUCAAUGAGGGGAUUUAUUUAGAAAGAUUGGUUGCAUUCAGU